AUGUAUGUGGGAUACCUACUGGAUAAAGAAAGCGGCAUGUAUCACCAAGGGCCAGUGAGAAGAUCAAGCAUCAAUCUGCCUCCACAGAACUUUGUUUCGACACCACAGUACCCUGACUUUAGUGGAUACCAUCAUGUGCCAAAUAUGGAAACACACACACAGUCAGCGGGCAGUUGGGGACCUUCAUAUGGCGGACCAAGAGAAGACUGGGGUGCAUAUAGUUUAGGGCCCCCUAAUACCAUUCCUACCCCAAUGAACAACUCAUCUCCCGGACAAGUUCCUUACUGUUCACCUGAAUACAAUAAUAUGCAUCCUCCCGGAUCUGCGGUCCUACAGCCGCCACCGGACAACGUUACUGUUGCUCAACUAUCUCCUGAAAGAGAAAGGCGCAAUUCAUACCAGUGGAUGAGUAAAACUGCUCAGUCAUCUUCCACAGGUAAAACAAGAACGAAGGAGAAAUACAGGGUAGUGUACACAGACCAUCAGAGACUGGAGCUAGAAAAGGAGUUUCAUUUCAACAGAUACAUCACCAUCAGAAGGAAAUCUGAACUGGCUGUCAAUCUCGGUCUGUCGGAAAGACAGGUCAAAAUCUGGUUUCAGAACCGCAGAGCAAAGGAAAGAAAACUGAUCAAGAAGAAAUUGGGUCAGUCUGAUGGCAGCAGUGGAUCAGUGCACAGUGACCCUGGUUCGGUGAGCCCUCUGCCGGUGCCGGGGUCCCUCAGUCCCACAGACAUGCAUGGCUCUCUGUACCCCCCUCAGGGAAUGAACACCUUGCCAUCUAUCAGGAAUAUACAACAAGUGACUGUGACUCAGUAG